AUGGCGGGUAGGGUGGUGUUGAUCAACUCGGUUCUAAAUGCGGUGUCGUUAUACUCUCUUUCCUUUUAUAAAGCACCUAAGAAGGUGUUGAAAGAUAUUGUUGCCAUUCAAAGGAAUUUCCUUUGGGGUGGAUGUGAGAUUAGAAAAACGGUUAAUUGGGUUAGUUGGGAUACGAUUUGCAAGACUAGAGAAGAAGGAGGGUUAGGUGUGAAAAACGUGGAAAUUAUGAAUGUGGCGUUACUUAGUAAAUGGAAGUGGAGGAUUCUCAUGGAGAAGGAGGCGGUUUGGAGGGAUCUCUUAGAGGCAAGAUACGGUAAUGUGAAGGUGAAGGUUUUAAUAGGGGACAUUUCGGUGGUGGGGAAAAAGGACUCAAUUUGGUGGAGGGAUAUCUUAAUUUCGGACAACUACGAGAAUCUCGACAACAAUCAUUUCGCCGGGGCAAUAGAGUGCAAGGUCUGGAGCGGUAAUGAUAUACCAUUUUGGUAUGCUUGCUGGACCGGUCCUCAAACUCUAAUGGAGGCGUACCCGGAGCUAUAUCGUUAUGCCGAAAAUCAUCAUGCUGUAGUUUCUUUUGCAGGUUCUAUGAUCAAUGGCACGGCUGGCAGCACUGCGGAUACUCGUAUGAAAUGA